CCUGUGUUGGCAGCUGGUACCACUACUCAACUUGCACUUUAACAACCUGGCAGCACUAACACGUGCAGUCAAACUUUGUUUACAUUUUUAAAAAUCGCACUUGGACUAAAUUUAUUCUAAAUACAGAAAUUUGUAUAGUUAUUGUUAUUACUGAUGAAAAAAUGUCCAUUGAUUAUAGUAAUUUGUGUUCUUUGAUUAUUAAUCAAUGCUUUGGAGAAGUGGUACAAAAAGUUGCGGAUUGUUUGUUUGGGGCAGUCAGUCGCACACUUAUUCAAAUAAUCAAAGCAACAAAUUUAACACGAAGAGAGGUGUCUAAUGCUUUAGCAGUGCUAAUAAAAUUUAACAUUGCGUCAUUCAAUGCCAGCAAUUUGUAUCCACAUCUGCCAGAAUAUUCACUCAAGAGACAGGAGAUAUUAUUCAUUUUGCGUUAUGCGCGUUAUGCGCAUCUUGCACAUACAAAAUAUGGUAACAUAGGCGCUGCUAUUGCGGAAGAGAUACUCCACGCUGGCUCAGAGACGGCAACAAAUAUUUUAAUUAAAUGUGUCACCGCACCCGACAAUAAGGACAAAAUAGAAACAUAUCGAGAUGUCCUACUGACUAUGAUAAAAGAUAAUUACUUAAUUAAAAUGCCAAUGCUAAAAGAACCCACAAACUCAGCGGAUGUUGUGCCACAGCUGCAUGUAGAAGUUUAUGAUUUAUAUAAUCCGCCAGUUAUUGAUUUAAUUUCUAUAGCGAAAAUUCAAGCUGGUAGCGUGAAACCACAAGAGGCUAAAGAUUAUGGCAUUUACUGGAGAAUUAACUUUAAUCGUUUUCAUCAGGAUUUUAGAGAUAAUGUAAUGGUUGCAGCUUUGGAACGUAAGUUGGGCACUAGUGCUGGCGAAUGCUUUCAAUUUAUAUUGAAACAAAUGUACGAACGAACAGAUCCUUGGCAAAAACAAUCAAUGUCUAAUCCCUUCACUUUUGUGGAAAUCAAACAAGCUGUCGAAAAGAAAUCUAACAACCUCGACUUAAUAAAAAAUUUGGAUAGUUAUGUUACACUAAUAGCUGACGAUUCUCUAGGAUUUUUACGUAGAGUUGGUAAUAUGGGCGGAGGACAAUAUGUGGUAGAUAUGUCAUGUGCUUUUGAAGAACUUUCAUUAGUUUGCAUAGAGCAUAUAAUAACAGAGCGUUUCGGUUCGAAAGCAUCACGUAUAUUUCGUGUAGUGCGUAUAAAAAAGCAUAUUGAGCAGGAAGAUUUGCAAAAAGAAGCUAUGAUACCAGCAAAAGAAGCUAAACUGUUAUCGUAUAGUUUGUUUCAAGAACAAUUUCUACAAAUCAAAACCAUACGCAAGGCUGGUGGUGGUGGCAGUGGACCCGCUAAAUCAUUCUACUUAUUUCAAUUGAAGCACAUGCAGAUUGCUAAGAUGCUUUUGGAUAUAUGUUACAAAGCUUUGUACAAUAACAUAACUCGUUCCAAUUACGAAAAAUCUGAAAAUAAACGACUAAUCGACAAAUCCCAGAAAUUGGAUAGCAUUAUUGGCACAAUGAAAGACCGUGGAGAAACAGAGGAGUAUAUAGCUGAGAUUUUGGAAACGCUGACACCACCAGAAAGACAAAUUCUCGACAGUGUAAAACACCAUAUAAAGACUUUAUCUAAAGCUGAAUUAGAACUAGAUGAGACUAUAUUUUUGUUACAAAUGUAUUUGUAUCAUUCGACGCAGUCGCCAAGUAGCAGUAGUGAGAAAAAAAAAUAAUUAAAUUAUUUAAA